CGGUUUGGCUGCGCUUGGGCGCUCGUCGCUGUGGGGACGCGCCUGUCAUGGAGGAGCUGGACGGGGCGCGGCGCGCGGCGGAGGCUUCCCGCUGAGGCGGCUCCGGGGAGAGGGAGCCGGGGGGCGCCGCGCCUGGGGCAGAUUGCUGGGCACUGUCUGUGCUUUGAAUUAUUAGGACCUAAUUUGAUUCAUCAGAGUUUUCUUGUUUGUUCACAGAGAUAAUACAGAUCUCAGAAAAGGGUGUGGAGCCUCUAUGUGCACCGUGUAGCUCCAGUAGUCCCAUUAUCUGUGACUCGGAAGAAAGGCAGGUGUGUAUCCUGGAAGGAUAAGAGGCACAGACUAAAUGGAUCUAAAGACAGCAGUGUUCAAUGCAGCUCGUGAUGGCAAACUGCGGCUCCUUGCAAAGUUACUGGCAAACAAAACUAAAGAAGAGGUGGCCUUGCUAAUGUCUGAAAAAACUAGUGGUGCUACACCACUUUUGAUGGCAGCCCGUUAUGGGCAUCUUGAUAUGGUGGAAUACUUGCUGGAGCAUUGCUGUGCCUCUAUUGAAGUUGGUGGCUCAGUGAAUUUUGAUGGUGAGACCAUUGAGGGUGCUCCUCCUUUAUGGGCUGCUUCUGCUGCUGGUCAUUUGAAGGUAGUCCAGUGUCUGUUAGAUCAUGGAGCAUCGGUAAACAACACAACACUGACAAAUUCAACCCCACUUAGGGCAGCCUGUUUUGAUGGGCACCUGGAAAUAGUAAAAUACCUCGUGGAGCAUAAAGCUGACUUGGAAGUAUCAAACCGACAUGGGCAUACGUGCCUGAUGAUUUCAUGUUACAAAGGACACAAAGAAAUUGCUCAGUAUUUGCUUGAAAAAGGUGCUGAUGUUAAUAGAAAAAGUGUUAAAGGAAAUACUGCAUUACAUGACUGUGCAGAGUCUGGAAGCUUGGACAUCAUGAAGAUGCUUCUUAAAUACUGUGCAAAGAUGGAAAAAGAUGGCUACGGAAUGACUCCCCUUCUAUCAGCCAGUGUGACAGGUCAUACAAAUAUUGUGGACUUCCUGACCCAGCAUGUACAGACUAGUAAGGCAGAACGCAUCAAUGCUUUGGAGCUUUUAGGAGCAACAUUUGUGGACAAAAAAAGAGAUCUGCUUGGUGCUCUGAAAUAUUGGAAAAGAGCUAUGGACAUGAGGUACAGUGACAGGACUAAUAUCCUCAGCAAACCUGUGCCACAAACACUAAUAAUGGCUUAUGACUAUGCCAAGGAGGUGAAUAGUGCAGAAGAGCUAGAAAAUCUUAUUGCAGACCCUGAUGAAAUGAGAAUGCAAGCACUGUUAAUUAGAGAACGUAUUCUUGGUCCUUCUCACCCAGAUACAUCCUAUUAUAUUAGGUACAGAGGUGCCGUCUAUGCAGACUCCGGAAACUUUAAACGAUGCAUCAACCUAUGGAAGUAUGCUUUGGACAUGCAGCAAAGCAACCUAGACCCCCUGAGCCCUAUGACAGCCAGCAGCUUACUGUCAUUUGCUGAACUCUUUUCUUUCAUGCUACAGGAUAGGGCAAAAGGCCUGCUAGGCACCACUGUUACAUUUGAUGAUCUUAUGGGAAUACUGUGCAAAAGUGUCCUUGAAAUAGAUCGGGCUAUCAAACAAACUCAAUGUCCACCUGACCAAAUACAGCUUAACAAAGCUCUUUCUAUCAUUUUGCAUUUAAUUUGCUUGCUGGAAAAAGUUCCUUGCAGUCCGGAACAGGACCACUUUAAAAAGCAGACUAUUUACAGGUUUCUUAAACUGCAGCCUAGAGGAAAGAAUAACUUCAGCCCGCUUCAUCUUGCUGUUGAUAAGAAUACUACAUGUGUGGGUCGAUACCCUGUUUGCAAAUUCCCUUCCCUACAAGUUACUGCUAUACUGGUGGAAUGUGGUGCUGAUGUAAAUGUCAGAGACUCUGAUGAUAACAGCCCUUUGCACAUUGCUGCACUGAACAACCAUCCAGACAUCAUGAAUCUUCUUAUCAAGUCAGGUUCACACUUUGACACCACAAACUUGCAUAAACAAACUGCUAGUGAUUUGCUGGAUGAGAAGGAAAUGGCAAAAAAUUUGAUCCAGCCCAUAAAUCAUACCACAUUGCAGUGUCUUGCUGCUCGUGUUAUAGUGAAUCACAGCAUAUGUUAUAAAGGGCACAUCCCUGAGAAACUAGAAAACUUUGUGUUGCUCCAUAGAUGAUAGUGUGACAUUUGCACAGUGCUGUUGAAGCACAAGUUGGUGACAUUAAUUGUUGCUUUCUCAAGCACUGUUGUGAUACACCAGCGUUCAUUUAGUUUGACCUAUCGUGUUCUCAUUGGCUAAAGCAUCAUUAGCAUCAGAUCUGCAGGAUUGGCUACCCAGUAUUUAAUAUGAAUAUGCCAUAUAAUAUAUUUUGUGGAUUAUUUAGAAAUGUAAUGCCAUAUUUAGACUCUUAAAAUUGUCUGCCAAAGGCUCGUCUACUCUGUUGGGUUACUUGUUGUGUGAUGGGGACUGAGUUGAAUAUUUUUCACUGGUGUCUUUUUACUAUUACUGGUAUGUGGAUUUUAUACAGUUGGUAGGUCAUCUUUUUUGUUUUUGCUUGCACAUUUCUACUCAAAUUCUGUUUUUUCUAUGAACUCCAUUGCUUAAACAGAACAAGUUGUAUGGACUUGUUAACAUUUGCAAUUACCAUAAGUGCUUUAUCUUCUCUAUGCACUGGCUUAAACAUGACUGUUGUGUGUUAGCAUAUUUCUAUGCAGCAAUUGGCCAACUUCAGCUCAAACAGCAGUUUUACGGAGCUUUUUCUGAGACUAUUUCCUUCACAGCAUGACAAUUUUUGGAGCUACUUGUCAGUUGUCUAAACUUUUUGGUUUGACUUUUAUUCUAGUUGUAUAUGAGACUGCUUUCUCUUAGUCCUCUGGAAAUGUGUGAUAAAUUUGGGAGAAAAAUCUAUUCUUGUUCUCUUGGUAACCCAGUUGAAAUUUAAUCUAAGUCAUUCUGAUGCAUCAUGCAGCAAGGGGAAGAGUUCUUAUUAUGUACAACUGAGACUUUCCCUCUGCACUAAUGUCUUGUUUGUGCUGAUCGUGUGACUAGUUGUAGAGAGUUGCUCAGAUUUUUAACCUCAAACUUAAUACACUUGAAUAAGAAAUAAAUUGAAUGUAUGCAGUAGUCUGAAAUUACAAGUCAACUUCCUUACCUACAAAAAGGAACUAAAGCAUGUUGGUGGCAUGAUACUUGUCAGUUCAGGAUUAGACAUCUAGUAUAAUUAUACUACAUUAUAGUGAGUGGCUCUCUGCCAACAUAUCAAAAUUCCAUAGCAGUGUCCCUUCAUUUUAAAUAUACCCUUUUAGAUAAUUUGCAUGCAUUUUCACCUCUCAUUGUCAGCCAUACUUAAACACAAUCUAUGUUGUGUACAUAGAUUCUAUUGAAAGUUACCUAUUUUUAUAAUAUUUGCACAUCAGCUUAGCUAUUGCAGCAGAAAGGGCUCUUUCAACUUGAUUAGAAAUCUAUAAGUGAAAAUUAUAAAUGAGUAAGAUUCAGGUAAUUGAUACAAUUCAGCACUUUAUUGUUGAUUCAGAGUAAAACUUAUUCUGGCACAUUAGCCCUACAAAUGUCUUAACAUUGUUCUCAAGAGAAAAAUGUAUUUUGGGUUGAGUAGAGUACAACUUACUGCCAAUUCAGUGGUCAAGCACAGUGGAUGUCAUUUGAUUUGGCUUUUCCUUACAGUGAUGGUCAAUAACCAUGCCUAGUGGGUUUUUUUAACUCCAAAAUUGGGUGGAUUUAUUUGUAUUUUCAUCAGAUUAUGCGACAGAUGAUAGCAAAAGGAUUUCAAAAGCCAAAUUCAUGAUACUGAGGUGACUUGAACUUAGUGCUUUACGUUUUUUAAUUUGAUUUUAAAGUAUUUUUGUCUUUGAUGUUUGUGAAUUGCCUUGGUGAUGAGCUCAUCCCUGACAGUGUGAAAAGGCAGUGCUUUCCUUACAUUUUGAUUGUUUAGGUAUUCUCUCUCUCUCUCCUUUUAGCUUAUGAAGUGGAGUGGCUAUGUCACCCUCAGAUCUUAAUGAGAUGGAUGGUUUUUAAAAAGUUAGCAGAAGCUGUCAGUAGCCCUGUAAUUUAUACAUAUUUCAAAGUUUAAAAACAGCAUAAACUAUAUUGAAACAACUUUUUACUUUUUGUCCUAUGACACAUUUGUAUUGUUUGUAUGAAAAGCAAAGCUUGAGUUGACUGAAUCUCACAAAGAUACAGUAGUACAUUUCUAUUCAAUUGGCUGAAUUUCUUUAAUUUAUAAUUAUUAAAACACGUGCUGCAUCAAUUGUUGAUGGUAAGAACAAAUAGUUUCAUUGCUUCAUUUUUUUAUUUUGAACACUCUUCCUCUUUCACUUACUAUUCUGCAAGUUGAUUUAAUUAGUGAUCAACACCACAACAUAGGAAUGAGCCACAAUGUGGCUAGAACAUCAACGUGGAUAAUAGAAAAAGGGAUUCUAGAAUCUGUUCUGCUCUUCAUUGCUAAUACAGGUUGGACCUCCCUGGUCUGGCACCCUCAGGACCUGAGUGGUCCUGAAUGAGGGAUUUUGCCAGACCAGGGGAGGUCAUUUCUGGCCCCCCUGCCACUGGCCUCCUAGCCCAUCUCCACUCCUGGCCUGGCCUCAUUGCUGGCUCCCCACCUGCCACCAGCCCCACUGCCUUACCACAGCAGUCCGCAGUCCCACUGCUGAGGCUCCCAGCUCUGCUGUGGCAGACCACUGUCCAAACCCCAGUGCUCCUGGCCUUGCCAGCCCUGCUGUGGAAACAGUAGCCCUAAAAGCUUACAGUCCUGGCGCCAGGGCUCCCAGCCCCACCGUGGAAGACCGCUGCUCAGCUGCCGGGGCUCAUGGCUCUGCCAGCCCUACUGUGGCAGCAUCAGCCCUGCUGCUGGGGCUGCUGACCUUGCCAGCCCUGCUGGGGAAACCAAUUGUUUGGCCACCAGGGCUCCUGGCCCCACUGUGGCAGACCGCUGCCCUACCACUGUGGUAGACUGCUGCCCUACCACCAUCAGAGCCCGUUGGCAUUCCAGCCACCCUGCCGCUGGCUCAGCCAGACUCCCACAGCAGGAUUCCUGGCUGCUGGGCCCCCUGCAGCCAGCCAGACUGAAUUUCCAGCUUUUGCAGGGCUUCUGUUUCUGGCCUUCCACUGGUACUCUCUGGUCCUGCUGGACCACGUAUGUUGCUGUACCAGAGUCCUGGUUUUGAGAGAGUUCAACCUGUAGUUUUAAAUUUCUAACUUUGAAUGGGAUAAUGGGUAUUUGGACAAUUUUUGCAAGAGUUUUAUCUUUGAGAGUUCACAACUAUGAUUUAAAAAUAAUAAGAAUACUGCACUGUUGUUCCGGUGCUGUUACUCUGGUUCUGAAGUAAAAAACAUACUCAUGAAUUUUCUGGCUACCAAAACCUUAGAGAAUAUAAUUUUCUUUAUAUAGUGAUUUGAUGAAGGUUCCCAAGUCUUAGUAUGAAAGUUUAUUGCACCGUUUGUUUUUUAAAGAAAUGCAUGCAAAUAUCAUAAAGUAUAUGGCACUAAUCUACCAGUGUAACUUCAUCCUGACCUACAGCACCUCUGUUAUUAUGAAUUUUGUUUUUGUAAUUAGAGGAGCCCACCUAAGGAACUUUUAUGGUCUCCAGGUAUUUAAACCUAGGUUUCCAGAGGGUAACGACUGGUGCUUUUAAACACAUCUGCCACUUAGCCACCAGUAUUCAUUUUACCUUUCUUAAUUUUUGUUUCACUUUCAAAUUAAAGCAGUCAAGAUGCCACUGACAGUAAUAAGGUGCUGUGGCCUUUCAUUGAGUUUAUUAGAGGGCUCUAAAUUUAGCUUUCCGCCUUCUGAAACAAGGUUCUGAUUACAUUGUUCUUGGUGGUGUUACUCCUUUUUUGCUAGUAUCGGGGUUAUCCUAGUGAAACACAGUGAUGCGAAAAUUCAGUAGUGCUUUUAGCUGAAACUAAAGCAUACUAAGGAAGUAAAGGACGUGAUAAUGAAUGAUUUUAUCUUCUCCUUUCUGUCCUUAUUUACUUAAUACUCUUCUUUCUGUUAUCUUCCUGUUACAUAUUUCUAUAACUGGAAUAUACGGCUCCACAGGUACCAACCCAGUGACACACGUGUGUCAAGGACAUUGCAUACCACCUUAUGUAUUUUUGAGGUGCAACACAUUUUAUAAAAUUUAAACAAUCUACAGCAUGUUCCUAAGAAAAUAGUAUACCAAUAUCCCCCAAAGGCCUGCUUGUUGAGAAUGUGAUGGUGGAUUUUCUUUAUACAUGUAUGUGCGGGUGCACAUGUGCCCACACACAUGAUUUUUUUCUUCAACCCACCAAAGCUUUCAUUGGAAUACUACAGCCAGGGAGAUGAAAACUACAGUGGUAUAAAAUGAAACUUUCUUCUUUCCCCCCUCAGAAUGCUAAAGUGAAUUUUGUAUUUCUCUCACUGUUGUUGCCGUCCUAAUAGCAAGUACUCUCCAUAUGUUUUUGCUAUCUUUGGUGGGUCUGACUACUAUAGCGCAAAAUGUUUACUGCAUAAGUGUGACUGUGUUUUCGCAGAUGCUAAAGGUAGACUCUCUGACAUGCAAAUUCUAAUUUUAAAUGAAUAUAGUGUCUGUGAAAGGGGUUGAAUUGAGAGCCAUCUGUUUAUCUGCAGAUUAGAUACAGCGAUACUAAUGUAAAUUUUCGUUCUGUAUUCCAGCACUAAAUAUCCUACCUGGAGGACCAAAAUUUUUGAGGGAGAGGAUAAUUUUUAGUCUUCAUCCUUACACAAUCCUUAGUGCCUCAGAUAAGAUUAGCAUUUUACAUUUGUUGUGAUAUAGACAUCUAUUCGCUAGUUGCUUAAAUGAGAUUGUCAGAUCAUUUCCUGUAGAUCAUCAAAAGGCUGACAGUUACUAAAUUCAACCUGGUUUUGAGAUCUCAAUCCCAAUCUCUUUGCCAUCCAAUCUCAUUCCAAACCAUUCUGCAACAACUUUGAUAGAAGAUAUAGGUAAAUAUUUCCUAGCUCCCAAAAUGAUCCUCUAUUGAGAACUGCUUUUAAAACUGGAUGGACAUACAUUAUUUCCAUUUUUAAAAAAUGCUAUUUUUUAGAAAGGAAUGGUGUGUCAUGAGAGACUUUAUACAGAAGGAUAACAUCCUUAUUAGGAAAAUCAUUUGUAUCGCUUCAGUUUUCAUAUCAAUUGCAAAGUAAUAGUGGCUGUGUAUGUGACUAUGCUACAAGUUUCAUUGAAUGAGUUUCAAAUGUAAAGAGUAGAAUACUGACUGGGUUAUGUAAUUUUUAUAAGUGAAUAUGAAGACAUUGUACAAAUGUUGAUUGUCUUUAAAGUCAAAUGACAGGGCAUGGUAAUUGGUAUUACAAAGUAAUUUUGUGUCAGAAGAGUUGAUGGCAUCAUUGUAAAUGAGGGGCAGAGAUAAUCUAAUGUAGUUUGAAGAACACUGUUUUAUACUGUACAAAUCCCGUGGCUUCGGUAAGUGUGAAAAUAACUGUUGUAUGGACUUUGACUCUUUGCUAAUUGCAAAGUGGAAAAGUGAUUGUUUACCUGAUUUUUAACUCAUUUUGUAUAAAUGUUCCAUCAUGUCACAGACUUCCUAUGCAGGGCUAGCUCAGCGUAUUGAAAUACUGCAAUUUCUUUUUUACAUGAAGUAAUUAAGCUUUAAUAGUAAUGUAAAAAAGGAAUAACAAACUUUGCUCUUAAUCUCUUUAGGCUCCAAAUGCAAAUUAAAUUAAAAUUGUUUUGGAGAACCACUAGCUGAGUCAGUAUCUAUUUUCUUUAAGGGCUACUGUGGAUUCCUCUUAAAAAGGGCAUUUUCUAUCAAAGUAAGGAGGACUAAACUAUGAGGGUUACAGCUUUUCCUCCUGUUGCUACUAAUGACUGUAUCCAAAAGGGAGUUAAACAUGACUGCUGUCUCAAAUGGUUUGAGUUCUGAACAGGCAGUGGGGAGGAAAUUAACUUCAAGCUUCACGAAGACAUUGCAGCUGAUGGAGAGAAAGUAUACAAAAUUAAGGUAGUGCUGCUUUAAAUGUUAUAUAGUUCAGUUGCUUAUGUUUACAACAUAACCAAACCUAAUCAGUUAUUUUCAGAACAAACUUUAGGGAAAAACUCAUGUGACACCAAAAAGUUAGCAAAAAGGUGUGGGCUCUGAAGUCUUUCUCCUGAAACUUAGAGAAUGAGAAAUGUAUGUUCUAGACUGGAGUUCUAGAAGGGGAGGUGGGUAAAGCUAUGAGAUGAUCUCUCAUGAAGUGGGCUGCCAAAUUGCAAAGCUUUGAACUGUGUUUUUAUUGUUUGGGUUUUUUGGGAUCUUUGACUAUAAGUUACAUUUAUUUUUGUAGUGCCCCAAAGAGUAGCAAACACUUGUUAGUAUUAGAAUUUGCUCAUUUCAAUUUAUACGUGACACAGUGAGUCAGAGUAGCAAGCAACAGAAAAGGGAUGAGAGAGACCAAGGAGUUUUACAGUGAGAAAAUCCAGUUACUCAGAUAAGCAGCUGCACGUUUUAAUGGGUCAAAUAUGUUUCAAGUAUACGUGACUAACUUUUUGGGGUAUCCUAAAAAGAGAUGAGUUUUCUUCUGUAUGAGGCAGAAGCUCAGUAGAGUGCCCAUUGCCGCAGGCAUUGAUGAGGCAAGUGAUGGUUUCUUUUGGGUCAAAUCUUUCAUCUAACUCUGGAAGAAAUAGAGGGAGGAAAAAGUAGGGACUGAGGAUGUUAAAUACCAGUUAUUUUACUAGUCAACUAGUCAAUGGAAUUUUCAUCACUACUCAACUAGUCGAUAGACACUUCCACAUU